AUGGCUAACCCCACCUCGACAACCACACCAAACCAAUCUUCCUCGCAAACACCAACAAUAGAGCUAGCCAGCCUCUCGGAUGUCAACGCAAUCUCUGCUCUCAUAAAUGUUGCUUAUACACCAUAUAUCUCCCGUCUCGGCGGCAAGAAACCAGCUCCAAUGACUGCAGACCAUGCUGCUUGUAUAGCGUCCUCUUCUUACUAUAUCUUGUGUGCUUCUCCCUCUUCACCCGCAACCUCAGCUCACGACACCACUGCCUCCGUCUCCAAUAUCCUUGGCUGUGUAUCCCUAACCCUCACGUCCGCCUCUCCACCCUCUCACGCCCUUGAGAUCAACAAUCUAGCCAUCGCACCCUCCUCCCAAGGAAAAGGCUACGGAAAACUCUUGAUGCAGUUUGCCGAGACCAAAGCAAAGGAAAAAGGAUGCACAAAGACGGAAUUGUACACCAAUGUCAAGAUGGUGGAGAACCUGGCGCUGUAUAAGAAACUAGGGUAUCAGGAGGUCGGCAGGUGGGAGGAAGAUGGCUUCGAGAGGGUGUUUNUUGUAAAGGAGUUGGUCUAG